AUGGUUGAAAGUAACGAUUCUGACGAGGGACCAGUCGACUUGGCCGUGGGGAAAGUGGUGGCCAAACGGUUUCUGAUUCAUUAUAAGUGUGGAGAAGGAGGCUGUGGCACUGUUUAUAAGGUUUUUUUUUAUUUUGUAAUUUUAAAAAUGCAGAAAAAAGUGCUUUUUAAAAGUUUUUUUGAUUUCCAAGGUUUAUAAAACAUGUAUAAGUUCAGAGCAUUCUAGAAUCCGUAUUUUACCCUCUACUUUAGGUGGAAGACUUGGAGAAAAAGAAACAUUUCUACGCCCUGAAGGCUGAGUCUAACAGCGCCAGUGGCGGAGCUGUCCUCAAGUUAGAAGUGGCCAUUCUUCGUCGUCUUCAAGGCAGAAAACAUUUCGCGGAAUUGAUCCAAAGUGGGAAAAGAGAGAGAUACAGCUACAUGGUGAUGACUCUGUUCGGUCCCUCCUUGUCGUAUGUGUUGAAAAAGAAAGUCAAGGGAGAUCUGAGUAUAUCCAGCACAGUCAGGAUCGGAAUUCAACUUCUUUACUGUAUCAAAACUCUUCAUGAUGUAAGUUUAUUAGGGUAAUAAAAAAUUGUUAUAAAAAUUUUGUUGUCAGUGAUAUCCUAAAAAAACUUGGGUGGUUUGAGGUAAAAUACGCUGGUUCUUGUCAUUAUGAUUUUUACUUUCAGGCCGGCUACAUUCAUCGUGAUAUAAAGCCCGGAAACCUGGCCCUCGGCCGUCACUUCCCCCAAUCCAGAUUCCUCUAUAUGCUCGACUUUGGACUGUCCAGAGAGCAUAUCACCCGUGAUGGAGACAAAGUGUUGAUGAGAAGGCCCAGAACUGACACUCUGUUCCGAGGUACCCCCAAAUAUUGCUCCAUCAGCACCCAUGAAAGGAAUGAACAGGGAAGGCCUGAUGAUCUCUGGUCCCUGGUCUAUUUGAUAGCCGAAUUGAGGGGACCAUUGCCUUGGGAAGACCUCUCGUAAGGAUUUUGACAUUAGUUUUCGCAAAGGUUUAUAUAAUAUUAUUGUGUUCAGAAGCAAGCAUGACAUCAAAGAGCUCAAGAAGAGAACCCCCGACACAAAGUUAUUGGCCAACUGUCCCAUUCAAAUGCUCGAAAUCACUGCUCAUCUACGGUAAUCAACUUAUAAUAUUUUUUAUAAAGUUGAAACGUACGUUGAUGUUUUUCUUUCAGGUCCCUCACAUACUACACAAGGCCAAAUUAUUUCUUCAUCUACAAAAAAUUCAUGGAGGUUAUGAAGGAAGGCGGCUUCAAGUUCACAGAUCCUUAUGACUGGGAGAAGACGGUGAUGGCGAAGAAAAAAAGAAUCAGACAUGAUGGAGAAUCGACCUCUCUUCAUUAUAUUAAACAUAGCGCUGACAGCGGGAACUCGCCGAGCUUUUGCGAUGAAGAUUUUACAUCAAAUCCUUUAGGAUUUUGA